AUGGAUCCCUCUGCAGAGGUUCCCCAAGGCCAAGGCUCGCUGCGUGUGGACGGCAGGGGGCUGCGCCGUUCUGUGCCGCUGGCCGGCCCCGUGCACAAGGUGCUCGAUGACGACAACCUCCUAAUCGAGAUCCUCGCCCGCCUCCCUCCCAAGCCGUCCUCACUCCCCCGUGCGUCCAUGGUAUGCAAGCGCUGGGGCAGCAUCCUCUCCGACCCCCACUUCCGCAAACGCUUCCUUAAGCACCACAUGAAGCCUCCUCUGCUUGGCUUCUUCCAAGGCUAUGCCAACCGCUUUGCUCCCGUUAUGGACCCGCCGAACCGUGUCCCUGCCGCGAGCUUCUCCCUGCCCAGGAGCAGCACACCCCGCAGCGACCACGGAGAAUACAUGGGCUGCCGGCAUGGCCUCGCUGUCGUAAUCAAUAAGCAUGAGCGCAAGACCGUUGUGUGGGACCCACUCACCGGCCGACAUCACAUUGUGGCUUUUCCACCAGGACUCGACGACGCCUUUAUGGAGAGUUUCUGUAUGUGGCAUGGCGCUGUGUUGUGUGCUGAUGCCGAAGAUGGGCAUGUGCAUGGAGAUUGCUUCUUGAGCCCGUUUAAGUUGGUUUUGGUCUACUGCGGUGGAUACAAUACACAGGCAUUCUAUUCUGUCUACGACUCGGCGUCUGGUGUUUUGGGAGGUGUUUUCUCAACCGUGAUAUCACGUAUAAUUUCUGUGUUAAGGCCCAGCAUCUUAGUCGGGAAUGCACUUUGCUGGUUGAUUUCUAGAGGUGAUAUCCUUGUGUUUGAUUUCGAAAUUCAGAACCUCAAUUUCAUUGAGAAGCCGGCAUACUACAAUAUUACCGACGGGUGUUUUCAGCUCUUACGUAUGGAGGAUGGUGGACUUGGCCUCGCCGUUUUGUUGGACCUGACCAUCCAAUUAUGGGGCAGGAAAUCUAACUGUGAUGGCGUUGCCGAAUGGGUGUUGCUGGAGAAAACCAUUCCACUGGAGGGGGUGUUUCCAAGGAGAAUGCAUUCUUUAUUUUUCGUCGGUUACGAUGAGGACACAAAUAUGAUUGUUCUCACUAUGCCGGCAGGAAAUUUCACUCUCAGACUUGACUCCAUGCAGAUUAAACAUAUUGUUAAGAGAAACACAAAUUUCUUUACUGCAGACAAGAGCAGCCAAGCAAAGACAUUUGGAAUUGCAGAUCCACUUGAAGGUGCAGUGGGCCUCGACAUCUUUGAAAUAGAAUUGGUAGUAUUUUUGUGA